AUAACCUCAGAUGUCAAAGCUGCCCUAUAUACCUUCCUUCAACUUGUGUUGAGAUGUAAUGAUCCAUUGAUGAAUCAAACAUCAGUGAGAAGGUACAUGUAGUUACUUAGUAGUGAUCAGGAAAUUUCAACAGAGUUGAGGGCAUCUUUGCAUUUUCCACCAACGGUAACAAAAGCGGCAGCCCCCGCGUUUUAUAACAGGCAGCCUCAUCAUCUCUCCUCAGCCUUUUGCCUUCCCUCCUACUUUUCCUUCAUCACCAAGUGCGCUCUCCUCUCCUUCACCUCUUCCUCUUGCCUCUCUUCAUGGGAGGGAGAUCAAAAGAAAAGAAAGGAACAAACAGAAGAAAAGAGCAAGCCACUACAAUGGCAGAGCCAGAUCCUCCCCACCACCCCUCCAAACUGCCAACUCCAACGUCUGGAACUGCAAACCCACAAGACCAGCAUGCCUCAGCUAAAUUCCUCUCCAGUUUCCCCUACAAAACCAUCUUCUUCGCCAUCUUCAUCACCCUCCUUCCUCUCUUUCCCUCCCAAGCACCAGAGUCCAUGAACCAAUCCAUCUUCGCCAGAAGCUGGGAACUCCUCCACCUUCUCGUCGUCGGGAUUGCCAUAUCCUAUGGCCUGUUCAGCCACCGCAACACCGAACCUGAGCUUGAGAAGGAGGCUGCGUGGAAGGCCGACAGCCCCCAAUCUUACCUUUCCCAAAUCCUUCAUGUAUCUUCAGUCUUCGACGAUUACGAGGUUGGUAGCCCACGCAGGCUCCUUGAUGAGAGCAAAAUCCAGACUUGGAGCUCGCAGCACUGCCGAAACAAUCCUGUGGUUGUGGUCAAAAAGGAUGGCACCAAUGUCACCGAAGCAACCAACAGGCCUCUGCGUUUGCCCGUCCGAAGCUUGAAAUCAUGCGCCCAAGACUCUGGGUUGCAUGAUUCUUGCUACGAAUUCAUCGAUGGGCACUCCGGUUCGGUUAAUGGAAUCGAGGAGCCUAGAAGUUUUGAUGCUCUGAAUUCUAGGAAUGAUACGAAGGGGAGUGCUGUCUUUCCAUCUCCUGUUCCAUGGAGAUCGAGAUCAGGAAGAAUGGAGGCGAUGGAUGAAUUGGCGUCGGGUGCAGGUAGGUACCCUUCACCACCCUCUCGUUCUCCACCUCCUUCCAUCUUGGGUGCUGCUAUGGGUCCUUCCAAGAUUCCAUCGUUCCGCUCUCCAAAGAGGCUCUCUUCUUCUCCCACUCUUUCCCCGGACGCGAAGGCCAGGAGCAGUGAGGAUGUGGGAAGGAAGAAGAGCUUCUGCAUGUCUUCUGCACCCCCUGCACCACCACCCCCGCCUCCAUUUCUUGGUCAUCAUUGCUAUCCACCCAUCUCGGACAAAAAUGUUGUUACGAAAAGUUUCAAAGAUGAAUUGAAGGAUCUGAGCCGGAGGGGAAGGAAAGGCUUUCAGAGUGCCAACGAUUCAGGCUUUGAUUCUUUGAUGUCAGCACCAAAAACGACGAACGAUGCCCAGAGUGCAACUCCAGGUCGAGCAACAAAGACUGGUGCGAAGCAAUCAUUCGGCUAUGAAGCACACCAGCAUUCGCUGGCCCCAAGAUACCAAUCUGAAGUCGAGAAUGAAUUGAUGGAGAAGAAGGUGAUCAUUUCUUCGGAAGAUUCAGAUAGUGAUGAUGAUCCCAGUGAGUCCUCUGAUAAAGUAGUAGUUUCGAACUCUGCGGCAGAAGCUGGACCGGAAGAGAAUGAAGUUGAUAAGAAGGCCGAUGAGUUCAUAGCCAAGUUCAGGGAACAGAUCAGGCUUCAGAGAAUCGAAUCAAUCAAGAUAUCCAGUAGGCAGGGAAACCUUAGAAAUCCAAAGUAGUUAUAUAUAUCUAUAUGUACAUCUACUUCUUGGAAAUUGAUGAUGUUUACAAGUUGUUGUCUAUGAUGCUUUCUUUUCUCUUCUUUUCCUGCAGCUGAAGUUUUCAAACACCUAUCUAGUUGAAUGAAGAUUAAGAAUUGGUAGAUCUUGUUCUUCAUUCUCUUUUUGAGGCAAUUCUGCCUUGAUCAUUAGUGUGAUGUACUUGAAUUAGAUUAAUGAAGCAUGUCAUUACCUUGAUCACUAUUCAA